CUUCUUGGCACUCGACGUAACUUCAACUUUUUCAGCAGUCCACCCAGCACACUUCCACAGCCUCCACAUAUCCUCUUACUCCCUCCUCCCACACUCAUUCCCACCCCUCACACCUCCUCCAACCAUGACCGAUCCCUCCGCCUCCUCCUCCCCCUCGACCACCCCUCCCUACUCCCUCCAACUGACCCCGCUGUCCACCCUGCAACCCCCGUCGUCUUCCCGAACCUGGCAAACGAAGCCGCACCCCUCGCUCCCCCUCGUCGCAACCGCCUGCUCGGACCACACCGUCCGCAUCUACAGCCUCACCUCCUUCACCCUCGUGCAGACCCUGUCCGGCGCGCACAAACGCAGCGUCCGGACCGUGAGCUGGAAGCCGAAUACGCGGGGAGAAAGCGUACUCGCAACGGGGAGUUUUGACUCGAGUGCGGCGAUAUGGCGGCGGCAGGAGGGAGUAGGGAGAGGGGAAGAGGAUUUUACUUCUAGGGGUGUGAGGAGCGGGAAUGACGAGGAUGAUGAUGAUGAGGAAGAGGAUGAUGGGUUCGACUUCACGACCAUCCUGGACGGACACGAAUCGGAGCUCAAGUCGCUGUCGUGGUCGCCGUCGGGACACCUGCUAGCGACGUGCUCGCGCGACAAGAGCGUGUGGAUCUGGGAGGAGGUGGACGAGGAGAAUUACGAGACGGUUGCUGUGUUGCAGGAGCAUGAUGCCGAUGUCAAAUGUGUGGCUUGGCAUCCCGAGGAGGAGUUGCUCGUUAGUUCGAGUUAUGAUGAUUGGGUCAAGUUUUAUCGCGAGGAUGGGGAUGAUUGGGUGGGUGUCGGGGGGAUUGAGAGUGAGGGGGGUACGGUGUGGUGGGUUGAAUUUGAGGGGAGUGGGAUGAAGGAGAGGGAUUUUAGGAAGGCGAGGGAGGGGUUGAGUGAGGGGAGGGAGGAGUGGAUCGCGAUGUUGGAGCGCAGUGGUCCCCGGUUGGCGACGUCUUCGGAUGAUGGGGGUGUGAGGAUUUAUCGGAGGAAGCCGAGUGAGAGGAGUGGGAAUGCGGCGGCGAGUACGGGCAUCCCGAGUAUUAUUCGCUCGUUCUCGAUUGAUGAGGAGUGGGUUCUUGAUGCCGUGCUGCCGAAGCGACAUGAUCGGCCGGUUUACUCGGUUUCGUGGAGUAAACGGACGGGUAUGAUUGUCAGUGCGGGGAGCGAUGGGAAGAUUGUUGUGUACAAGGAGCGAUGGAGGGAGGCAAAAAAGCAGCAGAGCCAUGAAGCCGAGACGAAAGCCGAGUCAGACGUCCAGGCGGACGGAGAGCAGGUAACUACAGAAGCAGGCAAGAAGCCAGACACGCCCACCGAAUGGAGCGUCGUCGCAGAGCUGUACUCCGCGCACGACGUCUUCGAAAUUAACCACGUAGUCUGGGCGCAUCGACGGGACAAAGACUGCAGAAGCGAAGACGAGGAGGUGAUCAUCAGCACAGGAGACGACGGCGAGGUGAAGGUUUGGACAUUGGAUGAGGUGGUCAAGGCAUAGAUGCAUUGUAUAUCGGUACAUUUGGAUUUAAGAAUCAGAGUUAUACCCGUGGGCGUGUUAGUUAGCAGUCAUUACUAAGGUAGACAGGAGGGAUGGGACGAUGUUGGAACGAAUACUUGGAGUCAUAGACCGGCGAUGCAAGAAUUGAAAUAUUCCUCAUGUUGCGGCCGUAAUAAGAGAGAGGAGAAUAGGCCCUUGUAU